AUGGAGGGGAAAGAGGAGGAUGUGAGGCUAGGAGCCAACAAGUUCACAGAGAGGCAACCAUUGGGUACUUCAGCACAGAGCAAGGACUACAAGGAGCUACCACCAGCUCCACUUUUUGAGCCUGGUGAACUCCAAUCAUGGUCCUUUUGGAGAGCUGGGAUUGCUGAGUUUAUGGCUACUUUCUUGUUCCUUUAUAUCACAAUCUUGACUGUAAUGGGUGUGAGCAGGUCUGGCAGCAAGUGUGCUUCUGUGGGUAUUCAGGGCAUAGCUUGGGCCUUUGGUGGCAUGAUUUUUGCCCUCGUCUACUGCACUGCUGGCAUCUCAGGUGGACACAUAAAUCCUGCAGUAACAUUUGGUGUCGUAAAGGGCUUCCAGCCUUCUUUUUACAAGGCUAAUGGUGGUGGUGCUAAUGAUGUUGCCCAUGGUUACACCAAGGGCGAUGGACUUGGUGCUGAGAUUAUUGGCACUUUUGUUCUUGUUUACACCGUCUUUUCUGCUACUGAUGCCAAGAGAAAUGCCAGAGACUCGCAUGUCCCUAUUUUGGCUCCACUCCCAAUUGGGUUUGCCGUCUUUUUGGUUCACUUGGCAACCAUCCCCAUCACCGGAACUGGCAUCAACCCAGCCAGAAGCCUUGGAGCUGCCAUCAUUUACAACAAAGAUCAUGCUUGGGAUGAUCACUGGAUCUUCUGGGUGGGACCUUUUAUUGGAGCUGCACUUGCUGCACUUUACCAUCAGGCACAUAAACUCGAAUUCCACCAGCUUAGGCAUGACGACCUAGCCAUCGAUCUCUUGCCUAGGCUGUCUCGUCACCUUGCUUGCACACGUUUGUAA